AUGCGAUCUGAUGAUGCCAGUCAUCUCAAGCCUAUGAUUUCAGCUUAUGCAGCUCCCCAUCCAGACAAGAAACUCAUUGAUCCACCUGUCAACACCAAGAGUUCAAAAGACAGGCUUGGGUUCAACCAUGCAGAGCUCACUCAGCUCCUCUGUCCAGUGAGGAGCCUGCAGGCUUUGCUAGCAGAUGCAACUGGAGUGAGGAAGCAGCUUCAGAACAGUAGCAUCCUUGUUACCACCCAAAAGUGGCUGGCAUUUCUUUACUCUGGUGACAUCCCAAGUAAGGACUAUAAUCCUGAGAAGAGUGAUGAAGGAUUCCUCCAUGGAUAUUUUGUUGAACGAGUAAGUGUAUACUACUGCAUGUGUAUCAACUACUAA